AUCAUGUCUGCUCCACCAAAUCAAGGGUCUACCGCCCAAACUGGUUCUCGUACCCAAAUAGAAACACAUCCACAGUCACAGCAGGAGCAAGCUCCGGUGCCGAUUCUCCAUUUGCGCAAGCACACCAAAAAGCCCAAGGUUCUGUGGGCUGAUGAUACGGUGGAUAAUGAGCACAUGAACAAGAAAAAGACAAAGAUCUGUUGCAUCUUCCACCCGGCAGACCCUAACCAUAGUUGUGAAAGCAGCAGUGAGAGUGAGAGUGAUGCGAGUGACGACGAUGGGGUGGCGGGAGGCGGUGCUGCCGGUGGGCCUAAUGCGUAUGAAGUUCAGCCCAAGUACCCGCGAGCGAGUGAGUAGUGGCUAUUAACAUGUGGUUGUCUUGUCAUUCAGGAUACAUUGCAAUUAUUCAGCAGGGGUGACAGUGCACCGAUGUCCAGGUCAGUCCUUCAUAGAGUAUAUAGCUACGAUUAAUGCAGUUUCUAUUAACGAAUGCUAGGCCAUUGUCUUCAUUGAGCAGAAUGUACGUAUUGUAAUUUAUUAGUCUGCGGUUCGUAGGUGCUGUACACGAGUUGUUCGUUGUUAAUGUGGAGCGCUGCUCGCAUCAUUGUGAUGUGUUUGUGCGUGAGAGUCAUGAUAGUCCGUCCAGGAAGUUGUGAGUCCAUCAAGUCGUGAGUCCAUCGAGUCGUGAGUCCAUCAAGUCGUGAGUUCAUUGGAGACCAUGAGAGCCGUAAGUAUCAGGUGACUCUUACCCUGGUAGAAACUUGAAGUGUGAGAGCGUGUAAUGACAGCUUCAGCACUUACGACAUAAGUCGUCCACCACCUAUUCCGGAUUACUCACCUUCAACUUCCUCGUAUAAUCAACAUCAUCUCCCAACGUCUGUGUCGACAAGUUGUUAUUUCUAAACAACGGCUCAAGCCGUGGAUCGUACACGUGCGACUCAAACUCGGUGAUUGGGAACAUCUGGAUCUCAUUGAACUCCACCUGCUGAUCUCGUGGAGAGGUCAACUUCUUCUUCGAAAGGUUCCGUGAAAGGCCUCCCACAGUGUCCUUGCCAAGCAUGGUGAAGAUGGAUUUACUGGAACUAUUUCGCUUCAACAGCUGCGCCGCCAGCUCCAUCGCCGGAGUUUUGGCCAAGGACUCGUCCGAGGAAAAUUGGUUUUCCU